AUCCUUGCAGUGACCAGUCCGCUGUUCAUUCCAAACUCUCUGUUCCUGUCUUGCUACGGCAGUUGACGUACGACGACGCACCCUACUGUAUCGCUCACGCUUCGGUAUCGUUCUUUUCGCUGAGCGUGGGCUGGUUACUCGCAACAGAGCGCUUAUCGAACAUCUCGCCACUGCACUACAGAACGUGUCCCUCUUUUCCAUCUUUUCAUACCUUUUUUCUUCAGAUUUCUUUUGAUUAAGUCUAAUCUUCCAACUUGAUACCCGUUGUUCUCGAAGAACUCGAAGCCUUAGAAUCACCAGCACCGUUCAUUCGUGCCAAUUCGUGUGGAUUUUGUAACUACGUCAACCCAUCAUGUCCACCUCAGCUUCUUCCUCCACUUCAACGCCAUCUUCAGCAACAGCCGGGCCUAGUGGUCAAAACCCCCAUCCCUUGCUGGAAAACAACGAAGAAAAGAACAGUGUGGUCAUCAAAGUUGGCAUGGUUGGAGAUUCGCAGAUAGGCAAGACGAGUCUCAUGGUCAAAUAUGUAGAGGGCAGUUUUGAUGAAGACUACAUCCAGACGCUAGGCGUCAAUUUCAUGGAGAAAACCAUCUCCGUCCGGCGGACAACCAUCACUUUCUCGAUAUGGGAUCUGGGUGGUCAGCGAGAGUUCGUCAAUAUGCUACCGCUAGUCUGCAAUGAUGCUGUCGCUAUUCUAUUCAUGUUCGACCUCUCUCGAAAAUCGACCCUCAAUUCGGUAAAAGAGUGGUAUCGACAAGCACGAGGUUUUAACAAGACUGCUAUACCUUUUCUGAUCGGGACAAAAUUUGAUACGUUUGCAACAUUUCCAAGAGACGAGCAAGAGGAAAUCACUAAGCAGGCCAAACGAUUUGCACGGGCUAUGCAUGCAUCAUUGAUAUUCUGCUCUACAUCUGCUUCAAUAAACGUUCAAAAGAUCUUCAAGAUCGUGCUCGCAAAAGCGUUUGACCUCAAGUGUGUAAUUCCGGAGAUCGAGGGUAUCGGAGAGCCUGUGCUCAUAUACGUGGAUGUGUAACACUGAAUAUUGUUCAUCUAUACGGAGUUGGGUGGAGAAGUGUCGGCAGAAUGAGGUGUGUUGCAUGUUGAGGGGAGACGGGGGAGAGGCAUCAAGGCUACCCACCUCUGGGAAUGGUACUGUCUACUGAGAUGCGCUGUUGUAACGCGGGUAGCGAUGCUGAUGAUCUCGACAUGUUUUUUCACACUCAAUUCGCGGACGGUUACGAUAAAUCACUGAAAGGACUGACAAGAAUGCCGCCUGUCAUCUUCUGCCCUAUUUAUUCACCCUUUUAAUUCUUCGUUGGUAUUAUUUACAAUUACCAAAUUCCUUUGUAACUUCCUUUGACAUCCCUAGCACCGACUUCCACCACGUAUAUCGCUCCAUCCAAUCACUAUUGUCUUUUGUGUUGUCGUUUUCUUCGUUUUGCUGCAUUCUUGUCCUUGCUCCUCUAUCGUCCCGCAUCUACAAACCUGUUCAAAAAUAUCUUUUUCUUCUUCUAUUAGCCCAACAAGAUACUCGGAGCGUAGCUUCAACCCGACAUUCCUUUAAACUGGUGGAGGCGGUAUUCUUGAUCGCUGUCACGGUGUAUCCACCUGAUUCCAUCCUGCCAGCGCUCCAAUCUGAUUUCGUGCCAUGCUUCUUCAUCCAUGUCUUCAUGUCUUCACUACGGAAAUCAUCUAUUUAAAU